GUCAGGCGAGAUUAGGCCGCAGCCCAGGAAAGGAGCUGCCUGUGCUGAAGGCGGAGAAGAUUACUGCCGAGCAGGGCCGCCCUACCCCCCAUCCCUCGCUCCAUGGCACUGGAAGCACCAUCCAGCAACGGCCCAAGCCGCAAGUCCUCCACUGACUCUGCAAGAGCGGGGAGGGUGUGCGUGGGGGGAGGAGACGUGAAGGUUCCUUCCCCAGAAUCUUUGGCUGCGAACGUUCUAUAGAACGCCAGUCGGAAGCCCGGAGCGCAUGCGCCCCCGGGACGGGCUCUCACACACCGCGCUCCCCAGCUGUUCCAUGGCUGGUCGCUGUUCGCCUGGGUGCGUGACAUCAGCGGCUGGGCAAGUCAGAACACGUACCGGGCGGCUGGGCAGGGGAGGGGACAGGCGCGGGGCGGGGAGGUGCACCAGCUGUACGAAGAAAACAAGUCCUCGGCUUCUCCAGCGGAGCCGCAGAGGCGGUGUCCCUGCAGCCGGCACUCACCUCUCGCUCGGCGACGCGGCGGUGCUGAACCUGGGCCGGGGAAGAAAGAGGAGGGCGACGCGGGAGAAAGCCCGGGGAGCUGUUCAGACCCGCCUGCCCGGUGGUGGGCACCGCUGGAGCUGCAGCCACCCCAGGAAGCGCCGUUGCCCCUCGGGGUUCUCGGAGGAGAGGCGACGAGCGGAGCUGCCGGCGGCCGUGCCGCGCUCUGAUGGCUUAGGAGACCGGUGCGAGCUGGAACAGCCCCGGAGAGCCCCAGCCCCGAGACCUUGCCGAAAGGGGGAAGCGCAAGACGGGGGCCCCGGACACUGGUGCUAAUUGAUGUGAGAUCCAGCAGCGAGGAAGAGGCAUGGACCAGUCCGGGGCCAACGACAUGGCCAGCGCCGCUGCCUUAGGGAAUUUGGAGAAGGUGAGGGAGCUGCUGGACCAGAGGGCGGACCCCAAUGCAGUCAAUUCCUACGACAGGACGCCGAUCCAGGUCAUGAUGAUGGGAAACACCCAGGUGGCGGAGCUGCUGCUGCAGAGAGGAGCGGAUCCCAACCGUCCGGACCCGCGCACCGGCUCCCUCCCAGUGCACGAUGCGGCGCGAGAAGGUUUCCUGGACACCCUUGUGGCGUUGCACCGAGGCGGGGCUCGGUUGGAUCUGCGGGACAAAUCGGGCCGCCUCCCCAUUGACCUAGCUGUAGAAAGCGGGCAUCAGCAAGUGGUCAGCUACCUCCGAGCCCAGCCUGCAAGGAAUGCCGCUCCGCCCCAGGCAUAGGGCCGGGGCGGGUGGCCAGCUCCCUGCGCGGCUCUGCCCUGCUCAGCCACACAAAGCACUGAACUGCAGGCACCAGGUUCGUCUACAGCAGCCGGGUACCAUCCCCCAGGACACCUAGGAGCCGCCUUGUUACCCUGACACAGUAGGCUGGAAAUCAGAGGAUGGCAGCAGGGGAGGCUGUGGCCUCCACUCAUUAGGUUGCACCCAAUUUUGUUAAUCUUUAAUCCAAUGCUGUACCCUCCCCACGUCUACAGAAGAGUCCACAUUAAUUGAUGUUAUAAUAUUUCCUCCUAGAACAUAACUUAUUGUCCGGCUUUUUUUCUUAAAUGUAUGAAGUAUAAUAAAGAGGAAUAAUAUAUUGUAAAUAUGCCACUUGGAAAUGUUCUCAAAUACUCUAAAAGCAAACACGAUCUUUGUUUUUGUUUUAGAUUUUUACUUUGCACAAAUAUGUAUAUUAGCUUAUACUUGAAAAAAAAUAAAAAUAAACGUUCAAACACUACCACUGUAAAGGAAACCAUGAAGGUAAAUACACCACUUAAAUUAAUAAACUAUUACUAGUUUGACAGAA